AGGUCUGAGCGCGCCACCGCUUCUCCGUCACUCCAGUCACACUUUGACACGCAGACACAGCGCAGGACACUUGUGACAAUAAGUAAAUAUGCCGCUUUCCAGCAGCUCCACGUCCUCCACGAAGAGCCUCCGCCGAGCAGCAUCCGAGCUGGAGCGGUCUGACUCCAUCACGUCUCAAAGAUUCCUCGGAAGAAGGCAGAGCUUGAUCGAGGACGCGCGCAAGGAGCGUGAAGCCGCGGCUGCAGCGGCGGAGGCUGCAGAGGUCACUGAGCAAAUCGUGUUCGAGGAAGACGAUGGAAAAGCGCUGCUCAACAUCUUCUUCACGCUGAGGAACUCCAAGACACCUGCGCUGUCCCGGGCACUGAAGGUUUUCGAGACAUUCGAAGCAAAGAUUCGUCAUUUGGAGACGCGACCAAAGAGAAAGCCCAGGGACAGCGUGGAGGGUCUGGAGUACUUGGUGCGCUGCGAGGUGCAUCUCUCAGACGUCAGCACUCUCAUCAGCUCCAUCAAGAGGAACGCAGAGGAUGUGAAAACCACCAAAGAAGUCAAAUUUCAUUGGUUCCCAAAGAGAAUAGCUGAUUUGGACAGGUGUCAUCAUCUGGUCACUAAAUUUGAUCCGGACUUGGAUCAGGACCAUCCUGGCUUCACAGACCUGGCCUACAGACAGAGGAGGAAGAUGAUUGGUGACAUUGCCUACAGAUACAGACAUGGGGAGUCGAUUCCCAAAGUGGAAUACACCGAGGAUGAGAUCGGCACAUGGCGAGAAGUCUACUCAACCUUGAGGGACUUGUACAGCACCCACGCCUGCAGUGAAUACGUGGAGGCCUUCCGCCUGCUGGAGAGGCAUUGUGGGUACAGUCCUGACAACAUCCCCCAGCUGGAAGACGUGUCACGCUUCCUCAAAGAGCGCACAGGCUUCCAGCUGCGUCCAGUUGCAGGUCUGCUCUCAGCCAGAGAUUUCUUGGCCAGUUUGGCGUUCCGGGUGUUCCAGUGCACCCAGUACAUCCGACACGCCUCCUCUCCCAUGCACUCACCAGAGCCAGACUGUGUCCACGAGCUCCUGGGACACGUCCCAAUGCUGGCCGACCGCACCUUUGCCCAGUUUUCACAGAACCUCGGUCUGGCAUCAGUCGGGGCUUCAGAUGAAGACAUUGAGAAACUGUCCACACUCUACUGGUUCACCGUCGAGUAUGGUUUAUGUAAACAGAAUGGUGAGGUGAAGGCUUACGGUGCUGGGCUGCUCUCCUCAUACGGAGAACUUGUGCACUCUCUGUCUGACGAGCCAGAGACGAGGGAGUUCGAACCCGAGGCUGCGGCGGUGCAGCCUUAUCAAGACCAGACCUACCAGCCCGUCUACUUUGUCUCCGAGAGCUUUUCAGAUGCCAAGGAGAAAUUCAGGACUUACGUGGCCGGUAUCAAGCGUCCCUUCUCGGUGAGAUUCGACCCCUUCACCAGCAGCAUCGAGGUCCUGGACGACCCGCUGAAGAUCCAGGGAGGCCUAGAGGGGGUGAAGGACGAGCUGAAGAUGCUGACAGACGCCCUCAGCGUCUUGUCAUGAUGACGCCCCACUGCUGUCUGCUUCCUCUCCGCUGUGCUCUGCGACGUCCGAUGUGUCAACAAGACCACUGUGUCCAUCUCUCUCUCUCUCUCUGUGCUGUACCUCCAGUCUGAUGCUGUCUCUGAUGGGUUGUUGCUUGUUGUGGGACACCGU